CCCUGCGGCCCGGGAGCGGGGGGCUAUGUCGGGAAAGUUCCUGAAGGGCCGGGAGGGGGCCCCCGCUCGCCGGGCUCCGCCCGAGGCGCCCGCGCGCGGCCCUUUGUACGAGAUAAAGUCUUAAUAUUCCAGGCUAGCCAUGAACUUCUGAGCUUCCUGCUUGAGUCACCCGAGUCCUCUGAUCACAGGCAAAAGAACUUCUCUGGAAGAUGGAAUUCUUUGUUCUUUCCCUGGACUGUGUUUCCAAGCCCAUCAAUGGGACCUGACACUGCUGCCCUGCGUUGGAAUGUUUGAAGAGCACCCAUAUUUUCACCUCUACUUCCCUUCCUCCUGAAAUCAUGGUCUUCUCUGCAGGGUUGAUGGCAUCCCAUUCUGGGGCAUCUAACACAACAUUUGUAGUCUAUGAGAAUUCCCACAUGAAUAUUACGUUCCCACCACUCCAGCAUCCCAGCCUUGGUCCUCUGCUUAGAAACAGCUUUGAAACCACGAGUCCCACUGGGUUGAGUUCCUUGACAGUAAAUAGCACAGCUGAGCCCUCGACACAAGAAAUUUUGAAGAGCUUAAACCUGCCUCUCCAGAUCAUCUUCUCUGCGAUAAUGAUAUUUAUUCUGUUUGUAUCUUUUCUGGGGAACUUGGUUGUUUGCCUCAUGGUUUACCAGAAAGCUGCCAUGCGAUCUGCAAUUAAUAUCCUCCUAGCCAGUCUGGCCUGUGCAGACAUGUUGCUUGCUGUGCUCAAUAUGCCCUUUGCCCUGGUAACUAUCCUUACAACCAGAUGGAUUUUUGGGAAAUUUUUCUGCAGGGUAUCUGCUAUGUUCUUCUGGUUGUUUGUGAUCGAAGGAGUCACCAUCCUGCUCAUCAUUAGCAUUGACAGGUUCCUGAUUAUAGUGCAGAGGCAGGAUAAGCUCAAUCCAUACAGGGCUAAGGUGCUGAUUGUAGUUUCCUGGGCAACUUCUUUUUGUGUAGCUUUUCCUUUGGCUGUGGGGAACCCUGACCUGCAGAUACCUUCCCGUGCCCCCCAGUGUGUGUUUGGGUAUUCAACCAGUCCAGGUUACCAGGCUUAUGUGAUUUUGAUUUCUCUCAUUUCUUUCUUCAUACCUUUCCUGGUGAUCCUAUAUUCAUUUAUGGGCAUCCUGAACACUCUUCGGCACAAUGCCUUGAGGAUCCACAGCUAUCCAGAAGGUAUACGCCUCACCCAGGCCAGCAAACUGGGUCUUAUGAGUCUCCAGAGACCAUUCCAGAUGAGCAUUGACAUGGGCUUCAAAACACGUGCCUUCACCACCAUUUUAAUUCUCUUUGCUGUGUUCAUUGUCUGCUGGGCCCCCUUUACCACGUACAGCCUUGUGGCCACCUUCAAUAAGCACUUUUACUACAAGCACAAUUUUUUUGAGAUUAGCACCUGGCUACUCUGGCUCUGCUACCUCAAAUCUGCAUUGAACCCACUCAUCUACUACUGGAGGAUUAAGAAAUUCCAUGACGCCUGUCUGGACAUGAUGCCUAAGUCCUUCAAGUUUCUGCCUCGGCUUCCGAGUCACACCAGGCGACGGAUUCGUCCCAGUGCCGUCUACGUGUGUGGGGAACACCGGACAGUUGUGUGAAUAUUGAAACUAUGACAUUUGGAUGGAUGAUUUUUCUUUAUUAAUUGACUUUUUUCCCACAUGGCUUCUGUACUUAAAUUUUGUUGGUUUUAUAGUCUGUAUGUGUGUGCGCGCAUGCAUGUGCAUGUGCAGUGUAAAGAAAGAUUGACAAGCAGUUAUAGUCCUACUACCAAGGAUACACAACAGGAAGGUGUGCACAAAUGUUACCUCCAGGGUUCCCUCAAUUUAGGAUGAAGAGGUAGUUGUUUGUUUUGUUGCUGAUUUUAUUCUUUUGUAGGAGGAAUCAGGAUUGUGCUUUAUUGAGCCUGCAGUUACCUUGAAUUGUAGGUGUUUUGUAUGCUGCUAAGGUAUGCUUUGUUGAAUUUACCUAUUUUUUUUUUCCAAGAGGAUACUGCUGCUCUUUGCCAUCACAAUGGAGCCAAAACCCCCAUCCAUCAUUUUUAAAAUUUUGUUAAAAAAAUAACUCAAGUUGGCUAGUGACAUUUUAAAGGUUAUUACUGUUUACUUUGGUGCACUUUAAGAGACAAUGUACAGAUUAAUUCAGUCUUAUUUUUCACAGUUGUUUACACAUUGUUCUUUAGGAAAUGUGUGCAUUGUCAUUUCUAGGAAAAUAAGUUUGUUUUUUUAAAAGAACACAUUUUUACUUGCAUGUACAACUUCAAGAGAGCAUAAAAAUGUAGACUUUUUUUCUAAGCACAAUAGAGAAUUGUCAGAGCAAUAGGAGGAAAUUGUGGAGACAGAGCAAAUUUGAAAGGAGAAGUGCAGCUGACCCAGGCGGGGCACUUCCUUUCACUCAAGGACUCUUACCAAGCACAACUGGGAGAAGAGACUGCCAAUAUUGGUCACGUAGUGCAUACCUGGCAUCAUUUUAUCCUCAUGGUCCUCUGAAGUAGGUAUUUUUUUGCUUUUUAUAGAUGAAGAAAGCAAGUCUCAGGGGGUCUAAUAUCCUGGCUGGGGUUACUUGUAGAGUUGGAAUCCAAACCUUUGUUUAGCUUUUGAGAUAGUGCUAUGCCACUGUGCCAUAGAGACAGACAUCCCAUUCAGUUAGAGAUUUUUUUUUUCAGUCCAGAGGGAAUUUUACAUGACUUUGUUUUAACUUAGCUUCAUUUAAAAAAAUUACUAAAAGAAAUAAAAAUCUGAUGCAUUAAGUCUGCAACACAGAAAACAUGAAAUCACUUCAGGCACCUUUUAAAGUUAGUCUUGUCUAGUUAUAAAACAUCAUUACAACUAAGUAAUAAAUGUGAAAAUGAGGAGAUAAGGUGAUUGUUUUUAAAUUUGCAAAACAAGCAGGUGAAAAUUAUUCAGAAACAAAAGGCAGCUGUGUGUAGGUCUUAUCUCUGUAGGCUUGGAGGUUUCCAGUUCUCUAGCUGUGUUAGUUGUAAACAUUCUAAGCAGAGUGGCCUUGGGGUCUCUGUGCUUGCCCUGCUAAUGCUGAUAGUUCCCCUGAUGGUACUCAGGGGUGUGUCUCCCUCAAAGAGGGAAGAUAAAGCCAGGUUUGAGCUUAGAACAAAUUUUAAUAAGAGGGCAUGUCUGUGGUUUUAUUUAUUUAUUUAUUUCUCUUGCUGACUGUAAGUUACAUCUAAGGUUGUAGCCAACUUCUCUUUGUUCCCACUGGCAUCUUUUAUCAGCCAGCCAAGGUGGGACUGCAUACAAAGGCCCUCAGGCCUCUAAGUGUAGCCUCUUGGCUACAUAGUGGGAAAAAUCCAUACUUUAACUGUGGAUUGAUAGCACCAUUCCUAGGGCUUCCUGAGUUGUUGGAAAAAAUAAAUCUCUGUUUCUUCAGUUGUGAAAGGAAGUUGGAUUAGAUGAAAAUGUGAGGAUUUAGCC